GAAUGCGAUCAACAAGAACCUCAGUGAGCAGCUGCGCAGCAUGGAAGAGUACCGCCAGAAGCAGGACGCAAUGGUCGUCUCGCUCCUCAAGCAGAAUGCGCAGCUCGAGGUGGAAGUCGGCACGCUUCGCUUUCGCAACCAAAGUCUGCUGGACGAACGUGCCGAUCUCGACAAUCGUCUACUCGUGGCCAAGCGGACCAUCGAAGGCAACAAGGGCCGCGACAACCACCGGUUCAUCGGCAUUACGGGCCUCGCGCGCGUCAUGCUGGAUACGUCCCAAAGCACCAUCGUCGACCCGUCCCAAGACAUGGUGUCGCACGGUGACUACGAGCGAUUCGUUUCAGAGCACAACGGAAUGGUCGAGCAACACCGGGCCGAGCUUGACAAACUGAAGAAGAAGCUCGCGGUGGCCGAAAACAAGGCUGCGCGCUUCAUGACGAUCCUCAACUCGGCGGUGGUCGAGGCCCAGGAAUACGCCCAAUCGAUGGCGAGCCCGAUGCUUGGGACGCCCCCCAACGAGAACGACACUCAGGAGUCGUUCGCUAACGAGAGCCACAUGCUGCAGUCGCCGCCUCACGGGAGCCAGACCCAGGAUACGGUUAUGGACGAGUAGACGUUUGCAUGGACGACUGCGACACUGGCGUAUGAAAUAGAAGCAGAAGUGUGC